GCCUCCCAGAUACUUCCCAUUCACUCGAAUGCAAGCUUUUGGCCAAGUCGAUGGGCAGGAUACCAACUGCACCCACAGACUCUCCACACACGUAUGUGUGGAUCGCCUACAAUUCGUGCAAUUAAGCAACUGGUCUUACAAGACAAGUUGUCCUUAAACUGCCCUACUGAAUCGAAAGACUUUUUUAAGGCUCUUGCUAUUCAAGCCUGCUUGCCGGUGCUCUACUUAGGCGGCAUUGUCGUCAAUAUGGUCAGACUCCUGAACAUCUAUGAUCAUCCUAUUAUGGAAUACUCUUUCGUCUAUCUGUUUGUACCUAUUCCUGCAAUAAACCCCCUGGUGUCGUUAUAUCUCGUAGGCCCCUAUCGUGUAUGGAUGCGCGAUAAGUUUCUGAAGUGGAAGCAGUCAACUGCGAAAGAAACAGUCGUAACUACCGCUACAGCACCCCUUCAGAGAGGAAUAGUUGCACCGAUAAAAUCCCUAUUUAUUCUCCUUUUAUGUACUAGGACAGGUUGGAAAUAG